GUUCUAUCCUACUGAGGAAGAACUUGUUUCAUUCUACCUACAAAAUAAGCUCAAAGGCGCGAGAACGGACAUCGAGAGGCUCAUACCCGUCGUCGACAUUUACGACUAUAAUCCAUGGGAUCUUCCGCAAUUAGCUGGGGAAGAAUGCCCUGCAGAUUUAGAGCAAUGGUUUUUCUUCACGCCUCGACAAGAAAGGGAAACACGUGGAGGCCGGCCCAAUAGGCUCACGGCGAAAGGCUACUGGAAAGCAACCGGUUCCCCUAACGAUAUUUAUUCGUCUCAAAAUAACCGAAGGAUCGGAAGGAGAAAAACCAUGGUUUUCUACGAGGGCAGAGCUCCAAACGGGAAAAAAACGGCAUGGAAAAUGAACGAGUACAAAUUGUUCGACUCGGGUGCUCUAGAAUUAUCGGGCUCAUCUUCCUCAGCCGGUUCGAAUCUACAGUUGAGAGAAGAAAUUAGUUUGUGUAGAAUUUACAAGAGAACAAAGUGUUUGAGGGCGUUUGACAGGCGGCCGCCGGAGGCGGGCGUAGGCCGGCAGCUCGAAAAUAAUCCACGUCAUCACGUGGUGGUUGAUGAGUUGGUAAUAAAUAAUACUACCAGUUCGUUAUCUGGAGAUGCUAUCACGGGUAUUAUUAAUCCUUCACAAUCCUACAUGGAAAGUGAUAACAGCGCCUAUUGGGAUAUGGCUGUUGAUGAUGAUCAAUCGUUGCCCGUUUGGGAUUGGGAUGAAUUUAACUGCUUCGAUUUGUGGAAUUAA